AUGCUUCGCGAGAACCAGAGACUUCUUCAGCGAGCGAUGCGCGAUCUUGAUCGAGAGAGGAUGAACAUGGAGAAACAGGAGAAACAGAUCAUUGCCGAUAUCAAAAAGAUGGCCAAGAAGAACGAAAUGGCCACGGUGAAGAUUAUGGCAAAGGAUCUUGUUCGUACGAGAAAUACUUGCAAGAAGUUCAUGCUCAUGCGUGCGAAUAUUCAGGCCGUCUCGUUGAAAAUUUCCACAAUAAAAUCGCAACACGCCAUGUCCGAAGCAAUGAAAGGCGUCACAAAAGCAAUGGGCCGAAUGAACAAGACGAUGAAGCUGCCCCAAAUCCAGAAAAUUAUGCAAGAGUUCGAGAAGCAAUCAGAAAUCAUGGACAUGAAAGAAGAAAUGAUGAACGACGUUAUGGACGACGCGAUGGGCGGAUCAGACGACGAGGAAGAAACUGAGAACUUGGUCAACAAGGUCCUCGACGAACUCGGACUUGAGAAUAUGGUGGAAGUUGGAGCUAUUCCCUCAGCCGUUGGAGAGCCUACUCCAGCUCAAUCAGAGGAACCAUCAGCUGACCUGGACGCCGACCUAGAAGCUCGUUUGAACAACCUCCGUAGAUAA